AUGCAGCCUUCAAGAAUACUACGUUCUAACGGCGAGCCGAAGCCCAACAUCACGGGCUUCGAUAUGCGCAAGUUUCUCGCCGCCACCGGCAACCACCGCUACGAUCCUUGGGAGAGGAAUGAGGCGUGGCGCUACACAGGCCGCUUCAGCCGUUUCAACCGGUUCAAGAACGCGUUCCCGGGCCUCGGCAUUGCGACAGUCGCCUUUGCCGGUUACUGCAUCUACGAGCACUUCUUCCUUGACAACCGCCAUGGCCAUCACGGCAUCGGAGCCCACUGA